GGAAGAAGGUCACGCCUCUUUCCUUCUUCAUCCCCAUCCCAUGGAAGAUCGAAGGGGAUGGCCGACCGGAACUUCCGGAAGCAUUUCCUUCAUCCAGCUUUUCCAGCCAAGCUCCACUCUUCUUCAUCUCCAUCGAAGGGGAUCUCAGACUUCGACAACUCUUCCUAUGCAGCUCCUUUCGGGAAACACUACCAUAUAGCUUGUUGUACGUAAUAAGUUGCGGACGACGGUUGUAGACGGGCGAAAUGAAGACCGAAGGAUGGAGAUGAAUCGCUCUGCCUUCUGCGACUAUCCAGGCGACAGAGGACAAAGUGCUCCUGGUUUCAGACGAAAAACAAAGACGAAGAUGGUGCGAAGAAGACAAUCCUUUUUUGCGCCUCUAUGUUGAUCUCGGAAACACAAAGACGACUAGGGUUUCUUGAUAAAUUUAAUUAUAUCUAUUCCAUAAGAUACCGCACAAAUUAAAGAAGAAUAUCGUUUCGCGCCACUAUGUUGAUCCCCCAGCCGUCAUCAAUUUCAAGCCUCAAAGUACCCUGCCUAAACAACAUGGUGCUAGACACCAAGCCAGGGAGAGCUUAAAAUAAUAGAGGCUCUGGGCCAGGGUAGUCAAGAUGGUUCAAAACGAACUCGGUCAGGAAAUUAUGGCCUUUGUGGAGAGCCGUUAAAUCCGUGUAUCCUUAAUCCCCAGCUUUCAAUGGCAACUUUAAUCAUUGCUGGACUGGUUAUUGGAGCAGCGGUGUUUGCCAUUGUGGUGGUCAUAUUCAUUCUCCGUCAGCGCAAGCCUGUGGAGUUGGAAGAAGGCUUAAUAGUACCGUCAAGUCACCGCAGAAUGGCAUCCGUUGAUUUAGACAAAUUUGAUCAAGCUUCCACCUAUUCUUCAGAAAAUUUUUCUCAAAAGGGAGACCAUAGUCUUAGGCUAACAUUUUUGAGAGAUGACAGGGAGAGAUUUGAUUUGGCGUCACUUCUGAAGGCAUCAGCAGAAAUAUUGGGGAGUGGGGUGUUUGGGUCAACGUACAAGGCGGCACUGAACGAGGGGCCGGUGUUGGUUGUGAAGAGGUUUAAGGAAAUGAACAAUGUGGGGAAAGAAGAGUUCUAUGAGCACAUGAGGAGGUUGGGAUUGUUAAGCCACAACAAUUUGCUCUCACUUUGGGCUUUCUACUAUAGGAAAGAAGAGAAGCUCUUGAUUGCUGACUACGUCCCAAAUGUCAGCUUGGCUGUUCAUCUCCAUGGGAACAAAUGUGGCGGGAGUGGAAGUCUUGACUGGCCAAUGCGGUUGAAAAUAGUGAAAGGAGUAGCAAGAGGCCUAAUGUAUCUAUACGAAGAGCUUCCGGACCUAAUUUCACCCCAUGGUCACCUCAAGUCUUCAAACGUCCUCCUCAACUCAUCUUUCGACCCACUCCUGAACGACUAUGGCCUGCUGCCGGUUGUCACCAUAGAGCAUGCGCAAGAGCACAUGAUCGCGUACAAGUCGCCAGAGUACCAGCAGAGUGGCCGGAUAUCCAAGAAAACCGACGUGUGGGCCCUCGGAGUGCUCAUCGUCGAAACCCUAACAGGGAAACUCCCAUCAGGGUUCCUGCAACAAGGGGAGGCAGCAGAUUUAGCCGGCUGGGUCCGGUCGGUGGCACCCGAGGGGUCAACCGCGGAGGUGUUUGACAAGGACAUGAUGAGAGGGAUGACAGAGCAGAGUGAAGGGCAGAUGCUGAAGCUGCUGAGAAUAGGGCUGAGGUGUUGUGAGGUGGAUGUGGAUAGGAGAUGGGAUGUGAAGGAGGCUGUGGAGAGGAUUGAGGAUGUCAACGAGAGGGAUAAUGGAGAAUGUGUUGUCAUCAGUGCUGCUGCUGAUGAGUCUCACUCAUUGUUAACCAAAGAAGUAGACAACACAUCAUGAUACUUGUGGCUAGAUUUCUAUUCUUGGGUAGAUACCUGGCAUGUAUGUUUAAUGAAUGCUUUUUUUUUCCAUCUGUAAUAGAGUUGGGAGGCACAACAUUUGAAAUAAGUGUUGUUGUUGGAACAUUUUUGGAAGUUUUUUUUUUCUUUUUAGAAUAAGAGUGAAAAUAAAAGAUUAUAGUGAAG